AAAACCCUAGAGCGGUCACCACUCGCCACGCAACCAAAAAUUGAAAAAAGUGAGAAAAGGGAGAGAGAAAUCAGAGAAAGAAAAGAGGACCCGCAGGGCCGCAGUAGUAAAGAGGAAGCUAAAUCUGGAAAUGGAAUAAUAAAAAAGAAGCGGUGAAUUCAGUUUGAGAUAGGAAGGUACCUGCGUUGGCGUGCAAAGAACGGAAUAUGAUGGGUUCGGAUGAGGGGCGCCCGGAAAAUGUACAGAGUACGGCGAGGUUUCUGGCAACGUGCUUGAUCGGAGGGGUGGUUGUGGGGGUCUCGCUGUUGGGCCUAUCGCAGCUGCCUUUGGGAAUUCGGAGGAGAAAGAAGAAUAAACCCAUACGGGUCUACAUGGAUGGCUGUUUUGACAUGAUGCACUACGGCCACUGCAAUGCCCUGCGUCAGGCUCGUGCCCUUGGCGACCAAUUAGUUGUCGGUGUUGUCAGCGACGCCGAAAUCACUGUCAACAAAGGUCCUCCUGUUACCCCUCUUAAAGAAAGAAUGAUUAUGGUCAACGCUGUCAAGUGGGUUGACGAGGUUAUCCCUGAUGCGCCUUAUGCCAUAACUGAAGACUUCAUGAAGAAACUCUUCGACGAGUACAACAUAGACUUCAUCAUUCAUGGUGACGAUCCAUGCGUUCUUCCUGAUGGUACUGAUGCUUAUGCUCUGGCCAAGAAGGCUGGUCGCUAUAAGCAAAUAAAGCGCACUGAAGGAGUCUCCAGCACGGACAUUGUUGGUCGUAUGCUUCUCUGUGUAAGAGAGAGAGCCAUUAGUGACAGCAACAACCAUUCUUCUUUGCAAAGACAAUUCAGCCACGGUCAUGGCCAGAAAUUUGAAGAUGGUGGAUCUGGAACUGGAACUCGUGUAUCUCAUUUUCUGCCAACAUCUCGCAGAAUUGUUCAAUUCUCAAAUGGGAAGGGGCCUGGACAGGAUGCGCGAAUAAUUUAUAUAGAUGGGGCAUUUGAUCUUUUUCAUGCCGGACAUGUUGAGAUCUUGAGGGUUGCUAGGGAGCUUGGAGAUUUUCUUCUUGUUGGGAUACAUAAUGAUCAGACUGUCAGUGUUACUAGGGGAGCACAUCGCCCUAUAAUGAAUCUUCAUGAAAGAAGUUUAAGCGUUCUGGCUUGCCGCUACGUAGACGAGGUUAUAAUUGGGGCUCCAUGGGAGGUGUCAAAAGACAUGAUCACUACCUUCGACAUCUCCCUUGUUGUCCAUGGAACAGUAGCAGAGAAUAAUGAUUUUCAGAAGGAAAAGUGCAACCCAUAUGCUGUUCCAAUAAGUAUGGGUAUCUUUAAAAUUUUGGAAAGUCCUCUGGACGUCACCACUACCACAAUAAUUCGAAGAAUUGUAUCAAACCAUGAAGCGUACCAGAAACGUAAUGAGAAGAAGGCAGAAAGUGAGAAAAGGUACUAUGAGGACAAGACGCAUGUGUCUGGAGACUAAUAGAUGUUGGAUCGUCUGGGGCACAUACAUGGUCAGGCGUUUGGCCCAUAUUUCUUCAGUUAUUGUUACCAAGGAUAAUGGAUUUUUCAUAGUACUAACAUCACAGAUGAGCCAGCAGGGUUGGCGCUAGCAUGUUUUGGUGAUCCAUUAUUUUAAGAUAUCGUGUAAUUGCUGAGUUAGUGUUGCCAUGGAUUUAUAUGUAUGUGUAUUGUUUUGUCCACUAAACUGAAAAGAGGAUACAAGGGACUAGUAUAAAAUUGUGGAAAGAGGUGAUGCUGCUUCGGGUGAACUCUUUGCCGUUGGUUGCUAGAGAUGCAAUCAAUUUUCCACACCCAUGCAGAUCCUAAUUUCCCACUUUUACAAAGAAAAGAAAUCUCUCUCUCU